AUGGAAGAGCCGCCGUCUGCGCAGAAGCCCUUUGCUUCCCCUUCACAACAGGCCUCCGCUCCACCCCCGCAACAAAAGAAGCGGCCACACCUAUCUGCGCCGGCCCCUACACCAAAGCGCGCUCGAACAACCACCGAUGAGACACAUCCAGCCAGCCCUCAGCUGUCACAGCCUAGCGAACCAGAUGAGCAGCUGAAAGACUCCCCUCUGCACAUCACUACCAUCUCCAACAACAACCGCCGUGCGGAGCAAAAACGCAGCAGGACACUCGCCACUUCGCGUGCGAAGAAGCGGCUUGCCCUUGGUCUGGUAGCACCUGGCGAUAAGGCUCCUCUUCCAGAGCAGGCUGCCUACACCUCUAUUGUGCAAAAGGACGAGUCCGUUGUCGCCUGGAUCAUCAAGCAGCCAGUCUCCGAUGACACGGACUUCUACAGCUCCACCCAAACUCCCUACCUCACGGCCUGCACCCUUCUAGAGAAAGCGCGCGUGCUUGGAAACCAGUCCUCUCGGUACCACGCUGCCCAGUUCCUGCAGGCUUGGCGAGAACGUGGCUCACCCUUCAGAGGUGGCGGCGAGCUCGCUGGCAGCCAGAGCAGGACCGGUGCGGGAGCUAAGCGCUUGCAGCUGCUGAGUGUGCGCAACGAUGCUGACAGGGAUUUCUGCUUUGCCUGGAACAUGUGCACACGUUACGAAGCAGAGCUAGCAGCUGUCUAUAUUGAGUCUUAA